AUGAGUCGAACAACAUUUCUUAAUGUCGACGAUACAAAAGCCGGUAUGGAAGAUUUGGAUAAAGAAAAGAUAAAUAAACUGAUUCAAGACGCAUCGAAAAAUUCGAAAUUUUUUAAACAACAACAACGCCGGGAAGAAGACAAUCGUCGACGAAUUGAAGUUAAAUUAUCGAAAAUAAAAUCAUUUACACCGUUUCAAAUUGAACAAGCUGAAAAAUCAGUUGAUCGAUAUUUAGCUCAAUUAGAUAAAACACGAGAUUUAUCACGAACAUUUUGUCAUAUUGAUAUGGAUGCUUUUUAUGCAGCAGUUGAAAUGCGAGAUAAUCCAGCACUUCAACAUGUUCCGAUGGCAGUCGGCGGUGAAAGUAUGUUGUCAACAUCAAAUUAUUUAGCUCGUCAAUUCGGUGUACGUGCAGCCAUGCCUGGCUUUAUUGCACGACAUCUUUGUCCGAAUCUAGUUAUUGUACGGUGCGAUUUUGAAAAAUACCGAGCUGAUAGUGUAAAAGUGAUGAAAAUUAUUAGCGAAUAUGACGAAAACUAUGGUUCAUGUGGUCUCGAUGAAGCUUUUGCUGAUUUAACAAAUCAUUUACAAAUACGAACAAAUUUCUCGGAACAACAGAGAACUUUUCCGAAAGAGGAAAAUUCAACUGAAACAAUCACAUUUGGUAUGACAGCGGAAGAAGUUGUUCAAGAAAUGCGACAUAGGAUUCAUUUAGCAACACGAUUAACAGCUAGUGCUGGCAUUGCAUGUAAUAUGCGUUUAGCCAAAUUAUGUUCUGAUAUCAAUAAACCAAAUGGACAGUAUCAAUUAGAAUCGAAUGUGGAAGUUAUUUUAAAUUUUAUUCGAAAUAUGCCAAUACGAAAAAUAAAAGGCAUUGGAAAAGUAACUGCACUUCAUUUGGAAUCUCUUGAAAUUCAAACAGUCAAUGAUAUUUAUCUUAAGCGCGGAAUUCUUAAAUUAAUCGAAUAUCCAACCACAUUUGAUUUUCUCAUGCGUGUCUCAAAUGGUUGUGGCUCAACGACGAUUGAACAUGAUGAUUUACAGAAAAGUGUUGGACAUGAAACAACGUUUAAUAGUGUACGUGACUCAUCACAAUUGAUCUCACUUUGCCGUGACUUAGCUAAGAAAACAGUUGAUGAACUUAUUUCACAUUGCCUUCUAUGUAAACGUGUAACACUUAAAAUCAAGACCGUUAAUUUUGAAAAUUUAACACGCUCGAAGACAUUGUCAUCGUAUACUGAUUCAUUAAAUGUAAUUGCUGAUAAAGCUGUUGCUCUACUUAAACAUGAACUCGAUCAAGACAUUGAAUUGCCAGCUUUACGUCUUAUGGGUGUACGAGUAGCUGAUUUGAAAAUGAAAAGUUCAGAUUUACCAAUUCUACAAUUUUUCUCAAAAAAAUCAACAACAACAAUCAACGAAAACGUUCAUGAUGUGAUUGAAGAUAUUGAUAAUGUUGAUGAAGAUGAGGAGGAGGAGAGAGAAAAAGACGAAAAUGAGAACGAAGAAUUUCUAUCUAUGGAAAAUUCACAUCUUGGAGGUUGUGACUCGAAAUUAACUCAUCAAGAUGAUGAAGAUUCGAAUUCAAGUACGACAGCUUGUCCUGUCUGCCAAAAGCUACUUCUCGGUGAUAAUGAAAAAAUUAAUAAACAUAUUGAUUUAUGUCUAAAUGGUGAAAUGGUUCGAACAACAAUUAAAGAAGAAAACCGACGAACAUCACCUCAAACAAAAAUGAACAAACGUAUUCAAUUAACACAAUCAAAAUCAACACCACCAAAGAAACGACAAAAACGAAAAUCUGAUGCAACACCUCAACGAGCACAUGGUAUCGAUAAUUAUUUUUUCAAAACAGAAUCUAAGUGA